UGCAACUGCCAUUUCAAUCAUUGUCCUCAUAACACAUCCUUCACUCCCACCCAUACUACGACAAUGAAGCAAUCUCCCUCGUUUUUCUCCCUGGCUCUUCUAAUUUCCUUCCUGUGUUCCACCACCACCACCACCACCACUCUUGCACAAUCACCAGCAGCGGCCCCGGCAAAGGCCGCAACCUCCCCUGCAGCGGCAGCUCCGGCAGUACCCCAGUCACCUUCCGUCGAUAUCGUUGGAAUCCUGACUCAGGCCAACGGGUACACUGUCUUUAUCCGUUUGCUGAAAUCCACCCAAUUGGUAAACCAAAUCAGUUCACAGCUGGCCACUGCAAAAUCAGGCGGCAUCACCAUUCUCGCACCGGACGACGGUGCAUUUUCAGAACUCAAACCAGGAUUCCUGAACACUCUGUCCGACAGGCAAAAGCUCGAGCUCUUGCAGUUCCACGUUCUCCCUGACUAUAUCUCCACCUCAAACUUCGACACCCUCACCAACCCGGUUCGUACACUGGCCAGUGCUAACCCGAGUAAAGCACAGCUAAAUGUGACCAGUUUUGGGGGGAACGUUAACAUUUCUACCGGGGUUGUUAAUACCACAUUGAAUGGGGUCAUAUAUACGGAUAAUCAUCUAAAUAUUUACAGGGUUGGGAAGGUGCUUCUUCCUCAGGACUUCUUCGCUGCUGCUAAGGCGCCGGCUCCGGCGCCUGCAAAAGCAAAAGCAAAGCCAAAAGCCCAGGCACCCCCGAAAGACAUUGAUGAAGUUAGUCCGGUCGCCAAGGCCCCUAAGCCAGAGAAGGAGAAGCCGUCCACAGAUUCCACGCAAUCGUCGCAGGUUGUUCCCACUCAAGUGAACUCUGGCGCCAUCAGAAUCCGCUUGUGUGGAACUGCAGUGUCCACCCUUGGAGUCGCUUUCGCGGCGCUGUUGAGCAUAUAAGCCUUGAUAAGAUAAAAGAAUGAGUAACUUAAUGUUUCCCACAAGUGUGAUGGAGUUUAUAAAGCAAGUGCCAAAGGAGGGGAUGCUGGUGUGUUUAUUAGAGUGGAUUAGGAUUUAAUGUUUUGUAUGAGAUCUACAUGUUUGUCUCCACUGUCGCUUGUCUAUUGAAAAGUUGUAUGCUGUUUUUGGCUCUAAUAAUGCUUUGCUGGCAAAUAUUUUCUUUAACCCAUUAA